AUGCUGAUAGGACAUUGCCGACGGCUCUUCAUCGUCUACGCCUCCUUGGCUAUUCUGUGGGUCUUCUUGUUCCAGCUCUGCAGACUCUACACAUUCUCCGAUCCUUCUUCCUUCUUCUAUGACUCCAACCGAGCCUACGAGACGCGAUACAGUGCUAUUCGGCAGCACCAAGCCGAUGAACUACUCGAUGUUGCCGAACACUUCCCGAUAGAAGAGCUAGCUAAACUCCCUCUUUUCAACAAUGCUGCUGAAGCAAUACCGCGAGACUCAGAGAAGCGUGUUUGUGUCGGCAUACCGAGUGUCACGCGAGAACGAGAGCAGUUCCUGCCCAGAGCUGUGGCCUCACUAGUCCAAGGUCUCAGUCUCGAACAGAGACAGGCGAUACACGUCAUUGUAAUGCUAGCAGACAAUGAUCCAGAAUCCCAUCCCGCCUUUGGGAAACGAUGGCUAGACCGCCUGGUUGAUGAGGUCCUCGUUUACGGCAAUGCUUCGACAACCGAUGCCCCCAAGCAAUACCGUACCGUCGCAUCGGAUCAUAUCCUUGAGCUCUCCCGAAACGAUCGAGUCCACCGCGAUUACGCUACGUUAAUGACAGCCUGCCAAGAACAAAAAGCACAGUAUUUUGCUUUGGUUGAGGACGAUAUCAUUGCUGCGCACAACUGGCUAGGGCGACUAUCUACUGCCUUGGACAAGCUUGAACGAACCGAAGACGCAAAGAACUGGCUGUAUCUGAGACUGUUCUAUUCCGAAACAUACAUGGGCUGGAACGCUGAGGAGUGGCCGACCUAUCUCGUAAAUUCGAUAUCGGUAUACUGUAUCGUCUUGGCACUAUACUUCCUCGUAGUGACUAUAGAUACACGACGGAGGUCCCAGACCUUUCACCUAAAGUCUACCCUCUGGGCCUUACCACAUGUCACAUUCUGGGCAGCGUCCUUCAUCCUCUUGUACUUUCUUGCCGGUCGCCUUGCAGUCAACCCGUAUCCAAGAGGCAUUCAUGAGAUGCCAAACUACGGAUGCUGUGCACAGGGUCUAGUGAUCCCUCGGCAACAUCUUGACGCGCUCGGUGCUGCCCUGAACAACGCGUCUGAUGCUGUUGCUGGCGACUCACUCAUAGAGUCUUUCGCUGACAGUCAUCAUCUGAGGAAGUAUGCUAUCACGCCAAGUGUACUGCAACAUGUCGGAAGGAUGGGAUCAUCGGAUGUUGGGGGGACUCGCAAGGUUACGUGGAACUUUAGCUUUGAGAAGACCAUCGCCAGGAGAUCAUGGAAUUAA